CUCCGUGCCCAGGUUUGGCCAUGGCAGGGUGGAGCUGCCUUGUGACAGGAGGAGGAGGGUUUCUGGGUCAGAGGAUCGUCCGCUUGUUGGUGGAGGAGAAGGAGCUGCAGGAGAUCCGGGUGCUAGACAAGGUCUUCAGACCAGAAGUUCGGGAGGAAUUUUCUAAGCUCCAGAGCAAGAUCAGGCUGACCUUGCUGGAAGGAGACAUCCUGGAUGAGCAGUGCCUGAAGGAAGCCUGCCGGGGCACCUCGGUGGUCAUCCACACCGCCUCUGUCAUCGACGUCAUGAACGCCGUCCAGCGAGAGACCAUCAUGAACGUCAAUGUGAAAGGUACCCAGCUCCUGUUGGAGACCUGUGUGCAGGCUAGUGUGCCAGUCUUCAUCCAUACCAGCACCAUAGAGGUGGCUGGGCCCAACUCCUACAGGGAGAUCAUCCAGGACGGCCACGAAGAAGAGCAUCUUGAAACGGCAUGGUCCUCUCCGUACCCAUACAGCAAAAAGCUUGCUGAGAAGGCUGUGCUGGGAGCUAAUGGGUGGGCUCUUAAAAAUGGUGGCACCUUGUACACUUGUGCCUUAAGGCCCAUGUAUAUCUAUGGGGAGGGGAGCCCAUUACUUUUUGCCCACGUGGACAAUGCCCUGAAGAACAAUGGCAUCCUGACAAAUCACUGCAAGUUCUCCAGAGUCAACCCAGUCUAUGUUGGCAACGUGGCCUGGGCCCACAUUCUGGCCUUGAGGGCCCUUCGGGACCCCCAAAAGGCCCCAAACAUCCAAGGACAGUUCUACUACAUCUCAGACGGCACACCUCACCAAAGCUAUGAUGACCUCAAUUACACUUUGGGCAAAGAAUGGGGCCUCUGCCUGGAUUCCGGGAUGAGCCUUCCUGUUUCUCUGAAGUAUUGGCUUGCUUUCCUGCUGGAAGUAGUGAGCUUCUUGCUCAGUCCAAUUUACAAAUAUCGACCCCCCUUCAACUGCCACCUGGUAACCCUGUCAAAUAGCGUGUUCACCUUCUCCUAUAAGAAAGCUCAGCGAGAGCUGGGGUAUGAGCCCCUCUUCACCUGGGAGGAAGCCAAGCAGAAAACCAAGGAGUGGGUCGGCUCCCUGGUGAAACAGCACAAGGAGACCCUGAAAACAAAGACUCACUGAUCUGGGGGUGACAACGAUGUGGAUGUGGGUGUGGUUAGGAGAUGUCUGUCACGCUCUCCCCUUCCGGCUUCAUGCAGCAAACAACACAGGGACAAGCCCGGGUCCUCCUGCGUCCCUUUUAUAAGAUGAUCAUCUUACUGUCUUCCUCCCUCCACCAGAAACCUUUCCCUGUCACUGGCCCAACGGGAAGCUUUCUGCCCUACCCUCCCUCCAGGGGACGGCCGGACAAGGUGAUUUGCUGCAGCUGCUGGUGCCACCGUCUCAGUUGAUGAUUCUGAGCUAUUUGGGCUUCUUUUAACUUAGAGUUUUGCCUGUUAGUUCCAUUUCCUUUGU